AUGCGUUCCUCGCUCUUCAGCGAUUUCAACGAGGCGGGCGACCAAGAAGAUCCGUUUGCCCUUGCUGAAGCUCUGGCCAAGACUGCUCAACAAGUUCAGAGCAGUGCUUCCAAGCGUAGUCGUCAUGGAAGCGACGAUGGCAGCUCCGAUAAUUCCUCUGAAAAUAAGACUCCAAUUCCAUCUGGUCAAGCUAGCAGAGCAGGGUCAGCAGUCGAUGCUGGCGAAGGAUCGGCUGCGGCUGCUUCAAGUCCAACUUCCGGUCGCCGAGGUUUCCACAUGCCAAAGGCUUGGAAAAACAAGCCGAAGUCCAAGCGUCAAAAGGCUGCUUCGCGCUCGCCGACUUUCGUUCGUUCACGCUCCAGCCAGGUUUCUCACCGCUCAACGUCUCGGCCGCCUGCGCAUUCACCUUCAGUGGCCCAUGCCAAGUCGCCCGCGAGUCGCCCGAGAUCUCGUUCGCAUUCUGUGUCAAGCCGUCCGACCGCGUCCAAGCCUCCCGCAUUUCCAGCGUCCGUUCCUGUCACUCCUCCGAAGGCUGGGCCUUCGAAGGACGACCAACCUCCGAUGGUCGUGGACUUAACGCGAGAUGAGAGUGACGAAGACAUGGAAGAGGAACCGGCUGCGGCUCCGACGAACUCCGAGGGCGCGGAGGUGACUCGCCAAGCUUCGCCGACUCCUCCAGCAACUCCCCAUCGCAGCGACGUGGCUUCUCCCUCGUCACGCGCUCCUUCGCCACCGGCUAGUGCCUCCCCACCAGCUCCAAUCUUACGAGCUCGAGAUGCUGUUACUAUUUGGAUCUGA